AUGGGGCCCCGCGUGGCGCCCCCGCAGCCCCGGCCCCGCAGCGCGGCCCCCCGCGCGCUGCUCUGCGUCCUGUGCGCGCUGCUCCCGCCCGCGGCCCCGCAGCCGCUGCGCCUCGGCGGCGUGUUCGAGGCUGCGGAGGACGAGCCCGCGCCCGCCGAGGAGCUGGCCUUCAGGCUCGCCGUCGCCAGCGUCAACCGGAACCGCGGCCUGGCUCCCAACGCCACCCUCAGCCCCGCCGUGCGGAGGACCGCGCCCUUCGACAGCUUCCAGGCCUCGCAGAGAGCCUGCGACCAGCUGGCCCUGGGCGUGGCCGCACUCUUCGGCCCCGGGCACGGCCCCGCGGCCGGCGCGGUGCAGUCCGUGUGCCAGGCCCUGCAGGUGCCCCACAUCCAGACCCGCUGGCCGCACCCCCCGGCCGACGCCCGCGGCGCCUUCCACGUCAGCCUGCACCCCGAGCCGGCGGCCCUGGGCCGGGCCGUGCGGGACCUGGUCCUGCGCCUCGGCUGGCGCGACGCGACCCUGGUGUACGAGGACGGCACAGGUCUGCUCCGCCUGCAGCAGCUCAUCCAGGCGCCCGCCCGGCAGGACCUCCGGCUGCGGCUGCGGCGGCUGCCGCCCGGCGCCCAGGACGCCAGGCCGCUCCUGCAGGACAUGAAGCGCGGCCGCGAGCUCCACGUGGUCCUGGCCUGCGGCCCCGAGACCGCCGCCCGCCUCCUGCAGCAGAUUCUGCUCCUGGGCAUGAUGACCGAGCACUACCACUACCUCCUCACCACCCUGGACAUGGCCGCGCUGGACCUGGGCCCCUACAGGCACAGCGGCGUCGGCAUGACCGGCUUCCGGCUGCUCCGCGCGGACAGCCCCCGCGUGGCCUCCGUCCUGGAGAAGUGGGCGGCCGACCGGCUGCAGGCCCCGCCAGGGCCCGGCCUCCUGGGGGGCGCCAUGACGACGGCGGCCGCACUCAUGUAUGACGCUGUGCACGUGGUGGCCGUCGCCGCCCACCGGGCCGCCCCGCUGGCUGUCAGCUCCCUGCAGUGCCACCGGCACCAGCCCUGGCGCCUCGGACCCCGAUUCAUGAACCUGAUCAGAGAGGCCCAGUGGGACGGCCUGACCGGGCGGAUCGCCUUCGACCAGACCGACGGCUCCAGGAAGGACUUCGACCUGGACAUCCUGAGCCUCGGGGAGGAGGGCCCCGAGAAGAUCGGCGCCUGGAGCCCCCUCCGCGGCCUCCGCCUGCGGGACGCGAGCAGAGAGCCGGCCCCCGGCCUGGGCGCCGCGCCGACCAACCGCACGCUCAUCGUCACCACCAUCCUGGAGGAGCCCUACGUGAUGUACAGGAAGUCGGACCAGCCGCUGUCCGGCAACGACCGGUUCGAAGGGUUCUGCCUGGACCUGCUGCAGGAGCUGUCCAGCAUCCUGGGCUUCGUCUACGACGUCCAGCUCGUCCCCGACGGCAAAUACGGAGCCCAGGACGCCCAGGGCGAGUGGAACGGGCUGGUGCGGGAGCUGAUGGACCGCAGGGCGGACCUGGCCGUGGCCCCGCUCACCAUCACCCGCGUGCGCGAGGCCGUCAUCGACUUCUCCGAGCCCUUCAUGGCCCUGGGCAUCGGCAUCCUCUACCACACGCCCCGCGGCGCCCGCCCCGGCCCCUUCGCCCUCCUGCGCCCGCUGGCCCCCGACGUCUGGGCGUGCGUGCUCCUGUCCGGCCUGGGCGUGGGCUGCGUGCUCUUCGUGAUCGCCAGGUUCAGGCCCCACAAUGGGCGCCGUCCCCACCCCUGUGGCCAGGACCCAGGCGUGGUGGACGGCCUCACGCUGCUGAACGGCCUCUGGUUCGGAGUCGGAGCCCUCCUGCAGCAAGGGUCCGAGCUGGUGCCCCAGGCGCUGUCCACCAGGAUCCUGGCCGGGAGCUGGUGGUGCUUCACCCUCAUCCUCACCGCGUCCUACACGGCCAGCCUGGCCGCCCUCCUGACCGUGGGGAGGUCCGAGGCCCCCAUCGGCUCGGCGGACGACCUGGCCAGGCAGAGCAGCAUCGAGUACGGGGCCGUCAGGGACGGCGCCACCAUGGCCUUCUUUGAGAAGUCCAAGAUCGCCACCUACGAGAAGAUGUGGGCCUUCAUGGGCAGCAGGCCGCACGCCCUGGUGAGCAGCAGCGAGGACGGCCUCCGGCGCGUGCUCUCCGCUGACUACGCGCUGCUCAUGGAGUCCACCAGCAUCGAGUACCUGACCCGGAGGAACUGCAGCCUCACGCAGGUCGGGGGCCUCAUCGACGCCAAGGGCUACGGCGUGGGGACCCCGAUGGGCUCCCCGCUCCGGGACAGGGUGUCCGUGGCCCUGCUGCAGCUGCAGGAGGAGGGGAAGCUGCACGCCAUGAAGGAGAAGUGGUGGCGAGGCCGCGGCUGCCCCGAGGCCGGCCCGGAGGCCAGUGCCCUGGGCGUGGACAGUGUCGGCGGCCUCUUCGUGGUGCUGGCGGCCGGCCUGGUGCUGGCGGUGCUCGUGGCCGUGGGCGAGCUCCUGUACGCGGCCCGCAGGGGCCGGCAGCGGCGGCCGGCAGUGCCUCUCCUUCAGCGCCAUCCUGGGAGAACUGGGCCUCCCGCUCAGGAACCACAGGAAGUGGAAGAGGAAGCCGAGGACGAAGGGGAAAUCCGCCCUCACCAGCCUCCUCGCUUGUCACCCCGGACGGACUCCGCGGAGGAGGGAGGCGGGGCCCCCCAGGGCGGGGCCCCCCGGGAUGGCGCCCCCAGGGACGGGGCACCCCAGGGCGGGGCCCCCCAGGACGGCACCCCCAGGGAUGGGGCACCCCAGGAUGAAGACAGCAAUGUCCAGGGGGUCAUCCUGGGCAGGGGCCACUUUUUGGACCAGGGAGAUGGGGAAUGGCCUGGAAGAAAGUUCCAGAGGCAGGGCUGGACUGACCAGAGAAUCGCCUGUGACCUGGAGGAGGAGGAGGCUGAGCAGGAGAGGUUACAGGUCUGUGACCUGGAAGAGGAGGAGGAGGAGGAGUAA